GGAAUUUAAAUCCAUCAAUCAUGCUGCCACGCAUCUCAGGUCAAAAUAUUUGUUAUAAUGAGCCAUCUUGCAAUGCUAUCCGUCAAGCUGGGCAGGUUCUUUCAACAGAUAUAUCUUUUAGCAGACCAUACGAGUAUGAGAAAAGCUGGGAUAUUAUUAUCAUUGCUCUUGGGUCUCCCGAGCCCUUGAUAAGACUCACUGGGUUAAAGGCUCUUCAAAUGAUAUCUCAGGGAAUACUCAGAACUAUUGUAGCCGUCAAUCUUGCCAAGAGAACACGACUAAUUGUGCAAUUGAUAGACAUUCAGUCUGGCUCAGAAAACUGGACCGAACGAUGUCUUGCUGCACAAAUGUUGGGGGCAUCGGUUUCAGUAAUGAUGAUGCCCGACUUUUUUACAAAUAUUCGUCUGCUUGCAUUUCAAUCUGUCCUGGAUCAAUUUAUUCUGCUCUUUCCCCCUAAUACCGAUUCUCUUGCUGCCUCAAACAACAUUCCAACCAUUGAAAUCAAAACAGAAACAACCGUGCAGACCUUUCAGUCACGAAUCUACUAUAUUUCUGCUCUAUCUCAUUUUUUUCAAAUUCCCGAGUCCAACACGUCCCACUUUAUGGAAUAUGUAGAUCGUGUGUUUUGUGCAAUUAUCAGUAGCAGGCUUCAUCCAUUGUUAAUAAGUGCAGUUGUAGAAGCACUAGUAAAACAUUUGCCUACCACGAGUCGCAACCGGAUGCGUAUCGACCACUUUUAUCGUUCGCGAAUUGAAACUCUGAUAGCAAAUAGCUAUGAAAACGAAAAACAAGUAAUCGAAACAGCCAAUAGUACGUCAACUUCAUCCUCAUUUUUGGCUUCUGAAUCCAAAGAAAAUUCAUCGAGUAAAUCAAGCAUUGCUCAACCUGAAAGCAACCUACACCCCUAUUUGCUUCGAAUGAUCCAUUUGUUUUGGUCUGUUUGGUAUACACGGCCCUCAAAUGCCACACUAUUGGCAACCCACCGCAACACCGAAGUAUCUACAUCAAACAAGUUGGGUUAUGCUGCUCGUCAAAAAACACUCCUUUUAGCAUCCUUAGCAAAAGAAACCACAGCUGUUUUAAAUCCAAAUGUAUCUGGCAUGAAUAAUACAAAGCUUACCUUUCCAUACCAACAAAAUACAGGUGUUUUGAUUGCACCAGACUUUUUUAGUCAAAAUAUACAUACAUACACUCCAUCGCUCUGGACAGAUAUGCACACCGUAUCAACUCCCGUGGCAAUAAUGGAGACUCCAAUGCCAUCAGUGCUUACCUUGAAUUUAAAAUCGGCUAUGCUUUCUUUCAAACAUGCACCAUACCACAUUGACACAUUUCUUCAAAAUACCUCUUUUUUGCAGGAUAUUUCGUUUCACAUUCAAGUAUAUCCACACCAGCUUUUUUAUGUGACACCAUCAUUUGGGACAGUUUGCCGAGGUGAAUCAAUUCGAGUAAAAGUCGCGUUUACCCCACAACCAUUCCAAUAUCGAAAAUCAUCACAAGUACACGGCUAUUUGAAUAUUCGUCGUGCUGACGGAUUUCCUAUUGAAAGGGUCUCGCUGUCUGCAUACAACACGCCUUCUAUUAAACUCCUGCCGCCUUUGCUAGAUUUUGGAUUUUGUCCAAAAGGACAAUUGCGUACAUCUACAUUCAUAAUUGUGAAUCUUUUGCCAAUUGAAUGUCCCGUCAUUGUUGUUAUGAAUCCAGCAAUUUCUUCAGGAGCAUUUAAUCUUCCACAAACUCAACUCAUACUUUCUCCAUUUGAGCGCAAAGCUAUGUCGGUAAAAUUCAAUGCACACGAGCUUGAUGGACCUAUUGAGGAUGAGAUUAUGCUUAUUUCGUUUGGCGGAGAAGCUACUCGUCUUCCCCUUCGCGCCAUGUGUUCUUUUUCUCUAAAAGUACUUGAACAGAAACUAGAAUUUGGGCCAACAGAUAUUUACUUUUUGCAUGUGCAGAAGAAACUGAAUCUACAAAAUCUGGAUACAGUACGAUCGUUGGCUGUACAGUUUUCUACUAGUACACACGAGCUGGUCGUCAACAACAACAAACAUAUAGUAAUGCAGCCAGGAGAGCGACGAUCGGUUUUAGUUGAUUUUGAAUCUGCCAUGAGUGGUGUACGACAAGAAACAAUCGUUGUUCAUGCUGCAAAUACUCCACCGAUUAAUAUUGAUGUUUCUGCAUUUUCUGGACCAAGCAUUCUUGUCCCGGUGCUGGAAGAUAUAUACUUUCCAAUGGUUUCAAUUGGAACUUCAGCCACUGUCAUGUUUCCUAUAACCAACAUUGGCCAUGUAACUGCUCAACUCUAUCUUCUUGUUCCUAAUGGAUGCCCUAUUACAUUCAAAGCCAUGGAGAGUGAUUAUUCUAACCGGAAACUCAAUGUGCCCAACGUGGUUGUUGAUAGCAAACCUCACCAGACUACCGAGCACCAAGGCAUAUCAAUUGUUCUUAGCACCAAAAUGACCAUUUCAAUAGAAAUCGCGUUUAAACACUCUAAAGCAGGAGAAUUUCUAAUACCUUUAAUAACAAAAAUGACCAAACCCAAAAACAUCGAAGUGUGUAGUCACAAGUUGCACUGUGUGGUGACAAAUGAUGCGUUUUUGGCCAACUCGCAAACUUUUACGAGUUUAAAAAACUUUUAUCGAAAACCAUUCGGUGAACAAAUGACACCGCCAGAAAAAUUCAAAGUCAUCCUCGAUUCAUCAGAAACUGAAAAAACCAAAGCAUCUUGGUCCAACGUUUCCAAAGUGCUACAGAUUAGCGAGGCGCAGUUGAUUGUAUUUGGCUCAAUGUCCAAAGCACGCAAUUCUGGGCAACUUGAAUAUAUCACUCUUUCAAACUUAACUAGUGAUACACAACGAUAUCGUAUUGUUCUUUCCUUUCAUUUUAUUACUGAUGUGCCACUUGAUGGUGAAGUAUCUGCUGCAUCGACAAUAUAUAUCCCAGUCCGACUCGAUCCAUCGCUAUACCUAACGCAGGAAACAAUGGAGCAUAUUGCGUUAGGGUCAAUCACUGUUUUUGACACAAAUUUCAAUCACCCGGGGUUUACAUGUGUUCAGUUAUACGGUGUUGUAAACGACUUGAUUUGGCAUGAACUACGACGUGGCAUUAGCUCGAUCAAGUUUCCACGAUCACGAGUGAUGGAAACCUUUUCGCGAAAGAUUGUGGUUCGAAACAAAUCUUGCACUGAUCUUUUAUGGGAAGGUCGGUUAGUCAUGCUGGAAAGUUCCAUACAAUCAAAACGAUCAACUAGCGAAGAUAUGGAAUUAUCAUCGAGUAGAGCCAACGAGUCGAGUACUUUGUGGAAUCCAUUUUCACUUUCUGUGUCGCAAGUUACACUAAAGCCUUUCGAGUAUUUAGUUGUUGACGUUUCAUUCACAUCAAACCAGCCUGGUGAUUUCAAGUGUUUGAUGCAUGCAAGCUAUAUUGAUCCAAGCGAGCACCUGGGUGAUGUUUCAGAAGAGAUAACCGAUCGCAUCCGACAAAAGUAUGAAUUGGGUCCAUGGCAGUUUGAAUGCUCUGUUGGAGUACCUGAUGUAACGAUCAUCCCAGACUGGAUUGAUUUUGGUGAUCUUGCCGUGUCAAAUACUUGCAACAAAUCAGUUAUAAUGCUAAAUAAUCUUUCUAUCGAUGCCGAAUUUGUUCUUGCUUCAUCAAAAUCAAUUAUUCCCAGUAAAACCAAUAUCAAAAUUGCUGCAAAAUCAACUGUCGAACUUCCAAUAGCAUUCUCACCUCAAACCGAUGCAAUAGUUUCUGAAUUGCUUUCAUUUAAUGUUGGUAUGACAACUCAUGUGAUGAGUUUGCUGGGAUAUGGAGGCCACUUUGUUAUUGAUUCGAAUCUUGCAUGUCCACAACCAGUGGAUUCAAAAUUAUCCUUGAAAAAAAUGAAUGCUAUUUCUGACGGCGUGGUGGAUUUCGGAUUUGUAAGUACCGAAUCUGCCAAAACCAAGACGCUCAUGAUCAAGAACACAGGGACGAUAGAUAUAGUCAUUUCAAGUUUGUCUUCAAUUGAUGAAAGAUACGUCACAUGGGAACCACAAUACAUCUAUGGUGAAGAACUAAAUUGGCACUUUAACGAGCAGUUAUUUGGUCAAGAAGCUCCAGAUGCUAUUGAAAUGGAUUGGGAUGAGCACGAUUGGCAAAUGAACCAAGAAAAACAGUUGCAAAAUUCAUCUCAGCUGCAAAAUUCAUUCCAACAAGCCAAUAGCAAGCCAGCUCAAAUAGAUGGAUUGAAACUAUUUGAAAAAAUAACUAGACAGUUUAAUACAAAUGCAAAGUCUAUUGCAAAACAGUCCAUUUUCCCUUUGCGUCUUCCUCCUUUUCAAUCAUUUACAGUUGUGCUCAAAUUUAACGGCAACGAAAAGGGAGAUUACACAUGUCCGCUUGCUUUGGAAAUCAUAAAGUCACCAUCACAAAAGCAAACAUUUGCAUGGUGGAUCAAAGGCUCACUUCAACCCCCGUUAAUUCCAUGGGAUAAAAAUAUUAAUUUUGGGAUAAAGUCUGUUAAUAAUCGUCAUACGUUACAAAUAAAAUUCACAAAUACAGGCACUAAAUUGCUUUCAUGGAGGCUAGAACCAGUAGGUAUUCAGUACACACCCCUCACAAAAUACGAUCCACCCGCACUGCCUAAAAACAAAAGCUGCAUUCCCAAUCCAAUCUCAAUAUUUCCAGAGAAAGGAAAACUUUGGCCAGGAAGCACACAGUCCGUUGAUGUGAUACUUGUUCCAAAUCUAGCGCAGUACAAAAUACAAUCCCAAUUUGUUUUACACACCGAAGACUUUUCGAAACAAGAUAUUCAAAUACACGCAAUUGGUGCAUCGAGUCGCUUGGUGCUUGAAGUUACAAAUUUGGAUUUUGGUACCUUGCGUGUUGGAACUCAAAAAGUGCUGAAAAUUCGAUUGCGCAACACUGGCAUUCUAUGUCUCAAAUAUUUUGUUGAAAGCUCACAUUCACAAUUCCAAGCUGAUCCUGAACAAGGAGUUCUUGAUGCAGAUUGUCACACAGACCUAUUAGUGAAAUUUAUGCCGAAAUCCAUUGGAAGCGUGCGCUCCCAUCUCAAAAUCACACCCAUCUCUGAAGAAAGUUUGACAAAAGAUCCCAUGUUUGUUCAACUUCACGGAAUUGGAGGAUACCCCGAAUUGGUAGUGUUUACCAAGCAGCUCGACUACGGCACAGCUUUGUUUAAGCAUCCUAAUCGCCGAGUAGUCAAAGUGCAAAACAAAGGAGCAGCCGAGGCACACAUUGUUUUUAAUUGUUUUCACCCAGAUAUAUUUCUUGAACUGGAUAAUCAGCAGAAUCUUAUUAUUGGCCCACAUGAAACCAAAGACAUUGUUGUUGUUUACACUCCGCAAAUAGUCGAGCGUCUAGAUAUAAAGGCAUUUAUAAGAUCUUCAGAUAGCCGUGGCGAUAAUUUUAUGCUAACAAUUAGAGGAAGCGUCGGUAUUCCUCGUCUUGUUAUAAUACCCGCGGAUGCAUUGGACAGCCUUGAUUUUGGCGUAAUGCGCUUAAACAAGACUUAUAAAAAGUCGUUUAAGAUUGGCAACGACGGUAACAUCUUUUUGAAUUACAAAAUCAGUCUGGUUCCUAUUUUUCAAUCUCCAGUACAAACAGAUGCUGAUUUUGACAGUAUGCAGCAGCUAGCAUCUCAUAAUAUACCUUCUCCAAUUGUUGUGGACCCCAAAUCUGGCACUUUGAGCAUUGGCGAAGAAACCGUUAUUACUGUAUUAUUUACACCCACCAUGUUAUUGGAGUAUGAAUAUCAAAUCGUUCUUGCUUACGAUUUUCAGAAUUUCAAAGGCACUGUUCAUGGUGUGGGAGGAUGCACUAUGCUUAAACUCGACACUCCGCUUAAAAAAGUGGAUUUUGGGGUUUCUCGAAUCAACAGAACAUAUAUCAAGAUUGUUACACUGUCAAACAAGGGCAAUUUAGGAUUCCGAUAUCAUGCGCGACCUGAACCUGAUGAUGGAGACUGGAGUAAAUACGACGGUGAUUUGGCACGCUUGACUAUUGCAGAGUCUAAAAGCCGCCCCGAAACAGCUGUUCUUCGCAAUCUUAAUGCCCUGAUUGCAGCCACACCAGACACGUUGCAGGAUGAGGUGCCAUUUUGGGUAGAGCAAUUAGCAUCCAAAGGAGUUAGUAUUCACAAUCCUGAUGGAAACUGUCCGCCACGAUCCAAGGUUAAUUUGAUUAUUGGGUAUAUUCCAAAAUCCACAGCUGUGCUUCAAAAAUCUGUGCGGGUAUAUUUUGGCGAUCAUUUUGAAACGUUUGAAAUCAGUGGAUCUGGCUCUAUCCCACAGCUGUAUCUUCGAGAUAUCAAAGGAGAGCAACUCAUUUCCGUCAAAUCAAGCCCUCAAAUUGAUAUUGGCGUGCAUCCAGUCAAUUCAAUAUAUACGCACUUGUUUGAGAUUGUCAAUGAUGGUUUAUUUGGCGUAGAUUUUCUAGUGCAGCCCAUGAUCAGCUCUGAAUUCGAUGUGUUUCCCUUGCGCGGAUUUAUUGAGCCUUGCAGUACGUCUACUCUCAAGGUUUUUUUCCAACCCAAUUCGGAGAAUUUGUUUCACACGACACUCAGAGUACUUUGGGAAGGAAAAUCGCUGACUGCUCAUAUUCAAGGCAAUGGUGGAGUGGGUCGUCUUGAAAUUAUCUACUUGAAUGACAAAGACACGAUGCUCAAGGGCCUUGAUUUUGGUAUGGUGCCUUUUAAUAGUGCAUGCGAAAAGCGAUUUUUUGUUCAGAAUUUGGGUCUGGUUGGCGUUGUUGCAUUUUUUGAAGUAGAAAACGAAGAGUAUACUAUUACUCAAUUUGGCGGUUUAAUCGAUGUAGAGGAUAUCAAAAAAUCAAGAUUGAAUAACAAGGGAGUAUUUACUAGCUGGUAUAAUAUGUUGCGAGUGUCACUUCCGCCAAACAAAGCGGUUGAGCUUGGUACUCGAUUCCUUGCACGUAGUGCAACCACGUCUCUUGGAAAUAUUACAAUCCGGGCAGAAUGUGGAAAUUCGGUUAUUCCACUUAAAGGAAAAGGCGGUACCAUUUUACUUUCACAUCGUGGAGAUCUCGACUUUGGUGAUAUAUCUUGCAAUUUUACUUAUACAAGAAAAAUCACAAUUGUAAAUGGUGGUUCGAUUCCAUCACAACUAUCUGUAGAGUGGUCCGUUGUAGGGCACUCUACUGAACAUGCAUCUGCGUACAUUACGCUUUUAAGCAAUUACACUUCGCUUGAUCCUCGAUCUGGAUGGGCAAAGCGACAGUAUCUUUGUGAAUCAGGAAAUGUAGAUCCUAAAGCUCCCUUGACUGCCAAAGAGCAUUGGACGUUAAUAAUUAUGAUGGUCCGCAAGUCGACUAUAAAAGAAUUGGAGAUUGUACGCAGUGCAACACAAAACGGGCCUUUAUCAACAGGCUUGAAUGCUACUGAAGAAAAUCCAACCAUGGCUCCGAAUACCCACUUGGAUAGAGAGAUUGGGUAUCAAUCAAUACAGCUGGGAAAACGAAGCGGUGCACCAGCAUUUUCUACGCAUUUUAAACGGAGGCAAAUGUUUUAUCAUCUUAUCACGUCUACCCAGUUGACUAGCCAAGCAUCUUCUUGUCUUCGCCCCUAUAUCAAAGUUGACCCAGUUGACACGACUUUGCAGAGUUAUGGCGAAGCCACAUUUAAUAUCGAGCUGCAUUUGGGAACCGAGGAUACGUUUCUUGCUACUCUUUUGGUAAAAUCAGAUGUGCCCAAUACUCCCAGACACGAAAUUUCAUUGACGGCAACACCCAAGAUUGUUAAUAUUGUUUGUGAUGAUACUCGUAUACUUAACUUUUACCGUCAAACACUCGGUGAAACAGAGUAUAUCACAAGAAGCUUUACCAAUGUGGGACACAAGGACAUUGCAUUCAAGUUCAUCAACACCAAUGUUGGAUUGACUAUUAUGCCAAGCAAAGGAAAUCUUAAAGUUGGUCAAACCCUGUCCAUUGCGUUUGCAUUUAAGCCGGCUGACGAAACAAUUCAAUCUUCUGAUGUCAUAUUUGAUCCCAAUUGCUCACAGCCUAUCCGCUUCAAAAUGUAUGGAGGCGGUGGGUAUGCCAAAGCAUCAUUGUCACGGUACCGUCGAUUCGACUUUGGUCACUGUAUGAUUGGAAAGGAUACAGUCUCGUUUCUCCCUAUUACAAACGAAGGAAAUGCUAUUCUCCAUCUGUCACGAUUUGAAGUAGUUGAAACGGAUACGUUUUUUAAAGGCAAAGAAUGGCCAAGCUCGCGCGUGUCCUUAUUUCCAGGCAAGAGUUACAACCUCCCGCUCGUAUUCAAUCCCCACGAGGAAAACCCAUCGCCAGGCCGCCUUAUUAUUGGUACAAGCAUGGAAACCUACGAAAUAGAGCUCAUAGGUCUCGGUCGUGAAGCCGUUUUAAUUGUUUCAAAAAUUGCACUCGAGUUUUCUGAAUGUUUAAUAGGCAACUCGUACGAGCAAAAACUUGGUCUCAAAAACAUUGGUGAUGUCAACUAUCCGGUCAAGUUUCAGCUUGAAAAAGAGUUUCCUGAUUUAGAAUUUUAUCCAUCUUCUUUGGUGAUUGAUCCAUUUAGUGAAAGUUUUGUUGCAAUCACUUACACGCCUUCGCACGAGAUUCGAACUGCAGUGGUAUUUUCAGUUUCGUCACCCUAUAGUACGCACAAGGUUCCAGUGAUGGUGCAUGCUGGCGUGGCUACUUUGGAAUUCAAUUCUACCGAGAUUGAUUUUGGAAUGUUUGAGAGGACUACAAGACCGUCUAUGGAUCUUGUAAUCAAAAACACGGGCACAGUACCAACGUCAUACCAUGUCAAAGAUGUAGCUAAACCAUCCAUGUUUAAUAUUUCGCCAGCAAAAGGUAUACUUUUAGCAGGAAAAGUUGUAACACUCAAUGUCACGCAUAUUCGACAUGAAGUGGCUGCAUUUGACGAAAAGCUUGUUGUGAAAACUGACUUGAUUGACAAGCACUAUUAUAUCAAAGUUUGUGGACAGUGCGAAGAAACUGUACUUCACCCAGAAGAAUUUUCGUUGGUGAAUAUGGGAAUAUGUCCAGUGCUGGAAUCUACAAGUAAAUUAUUCACGUUCAAAAACCAUGGCCGGUUUCCGCUGGAAUAUUCAAUCAAGGCAACCUAUCCACUCAAAGUGUUUCCUGUUCAAGGUCGCGUGUUAGGCGAAGAAACAGGCACUGUAAGCAUUCAAUGGAAUCCAUCAGGUGGUUAUGAACUCCGCACUCAACUGUCCAUGGUGACAAAUAUUGGAAAAUACCAGGUUGUUGUGCGCGGUAAAGCCAUGUUUCCCGAGAUCCAAGUCAACAAUAUGUACUUGGAUUAUGGCGUGUGUGCUGUUGGAUUUAAAUAUCGAGAUGUGUUUAUUAUUGAAAACAAGGGAAAAGUGCCAGUGUUUUUUACUAUUCCUCCGUGUAAAGAUAUCAAUUUCUCUACUGUAGUUAAUGGUGGUGUUUUGGCAGCAAAAGAAGUCAUGGAGAUUGAAGUGUUUUUUACUCCUAGCAUGCUGGGGAAAAUUUCCAGCAGCAUACUGGUGGAAUGCAAAGGAAUUCAUUACAAAGAAAUUGUCGUUGUUGGUGUUGGUGGUAGCAUGAAGACUGACGUGAGUCCAACUAGUUUCAAUGUUGGCAAGUAUAGUUUCUGUGGAUUGCACAAAUUGCUGUGGGUUUUACUAAAUACCUUUAUUUUGAAUAUAUCAGGAAGGUGCCCGUUCAAUCUUCGAGUUUACGAAACUGUUACAAUUAAUAAUGGCGGGGAUGUAACACUCCAUGUGAAUUUUUCAAAAACCGAAUUACAACAGGGAAUCUGUCAAAUCAUUGCACCGGAAUCAAUUGCAAUUGGUCCCUGGCAAAGUGCCAAAUGUGUAUUUGGCUUUUCCGCUGCUGUUGUUGGUCAUUUUACCGCAAAUUUGCUAUUUGAUACAAAAGAGCAAUCAUUUUGCAUCCCAAUUUCUGGUGUUGGUAUUAAAAUUACACUGACAGAGCGUAGCAAAGCAAUUCUUGAAAAUGAGCAAAUUGAAUGUACUCGACCCAUUCAUCCAUUCCAUGUCGAGUCAUUCCUUUCAUCCUUUUCCAACUUGCUUAAACGAUUUCACAGAUCUUUUGCAAUGGACAUAAAAAUUGCACAGUUGAUUUCUCAGCUAUACUAUUUCCAAAGACACGGUAAACCGCCUCAAUCACAAGAGUUUAUUUUUGGCACCGAGUGUGGAGUCAUGGUAGACAGUAAAAACUUGCAAGAAGUGAUUGAGCUACCCAGACUACCAACUAAACAGGCUCAAGACAGCGCUACAUCAAGGAUGCUUGUGGAUUCAAGUCCGAUGGAGUUGUUUGAACAUGAGGAAAAUCUGCGAUAUGGCUCGGCACUGACUGACGGUACAUUGAGUGAUUUUCCAAAACUAGAAACGCCUCAAGUAGAUAUAUGCACAUCAACUGAAGAUCCAGUUGGCGAUCAAACGGCUGAUAUUGCUCAAGAGACUGAUGCAAGCUUAUUUGUUUCCCAACCGGAUUACACUCCAGCACCUGCCACGGAUGGCUAUUCAGAUUCAAUAGUUUCUCAACACAAAGCGUCCUUGGGACAGGCUGAAAUGGUGACCAAUGACACAAUGGAGAGUGCCAAAACAGAACCAGACCCGAGUUCUAAUGUGCCUUUUAAUGAUCUAAAUGGAGAAUUGAUCCAAGAAGUAUCACACAAUGAUUCUACAAGCCAGGAAUUAUAUCAGAGUGCUCAGCAAGAUAAUAGAGAUCAACUGACUCGAGAAAUGACUACAGAGGAUGAUCAACUAUUCCAAGUCGAAAAGGAUGCUAGUGUAAGCAUUUUAUUCCAGACUGGCGCUACCACAGAUGCCACAGAGUCAAAACUCAUAGCAAAAUCUACUUUAUCAAGUGCCAGUCAAAGCAUGUCAUUAAAUAAUGCCAAUUAUCCAGUUGGUGAACGUGAAUCAGAGUUGCUACAGGAUGAUGACUUGUCUAGAUCAAAUACACAUUCGGAAUCCAAGGACAAGCACGAAUCUCGAGAAACCGUCAAUUCAGAAAAAACUACGUCGGCUGCGACAGUGAAAGCCAUCAUCAUUCAGAAAGAAACGCCAGAAAUUCUAGAAAGAUUAAAAAUUAUUAAAGCAUUAGACGAGCUGAGUCAAUCAGCAACGCCUAUUGAUAUUUCAGCCAUCGAUGGUGCAUUCGAUCAAUUUAUUGAGCUGAAGAACAAAGAACAAUGUUUGGACACUAUACCAGAUGAUCAUAUUAUACACGAAGUGAUCAAGUAUGGUUGUCUUAGCGUGCCUGAGCUAGAUAUCAAUAUGAUCAUUGCGGACCAAGAGCCAUCUAUGGAGAUUAAUUUGCAAGUGCUUACAGACAGACCUCCUCCAUUUGGUAAUAAAACCGAGCUCGAUUUUUCAGGUGUGCAUGGUUAUGAAGAUCCUAAACGAUAUGCAUUGACAUUCCCAUCACUCAAGCGAAAAGCACGGAAUGCACAAACUGAUCCGUUUACGGAUUGGAAGGACAAAGUGAUAUAUGGAAAGGGUGUAGAUCUGUUUUCUCCAUACAGAUACUAA